CUAUUUUUCUCUUAUAAAAUGAACAAUAUCAUUGUAGGAUAAUAUCAGAAUCUUUUUUAGUUAAAAAGGCCAGACACCUCCACAAAAACACGCAGUGUUUAUAUGCAGCCAUCAAAUAUGGCUAAGAAAUUGGAGCACCGUGGAGUUAUGGCUAAUGACGACGGUGAUGGUCCAUUUAGAGAUCCACUACCAAACUUCUCCGAUAUGUUUCCAAGCAACUUCCCUGAGGGUUUGCGAAUGUUAGUCUUCGAUGAAGAUUCAUCGCAUCUUCAGAUGUUGGAGACAAAUCUCCAAAAGUUUCAAUACCAAGUGACUAUAUGUAACGAAGAGAACAAAGCUAUGUAUGCACUCCGUAACCAUAGGAAUAGGUUCGACAUCGCUAUAAUACAAGGAAAUAAUUCAGACGGUGAUAUGUUCCGGUUUCUCUCGGAGAUCGGAUCGGAAAUGGAUCUUCCAAUCAUCAUAAUAUCUGAAGACAAGUCAGUGCAAUCGGUGAUGAAAUGGAUGAUUAACGGUGCUACUGACUAUCUUAUAAAACCGAUAAAACCCGAAGAGCUACGGAUAAUAUUCAAACACUUGGUAAAGAAGGUGCGAGAAAGGAGGAGUGUGGUGACCGGAGAAGCUGAAGAGAAAGCAGGAGGUGAGAAAUCAUCCUCUGUGGGAGAUUCCACCAUAAGAAACCCUAACAAGAGAAAAAGAAGUAUGUGCCUUGAUGCAGAAGUCAACGAGGAGGAUCGUCAUGAUCAUAAUGAUCGUGCUUGUGCUGCUAGCUCUAAGAAAAGACGAGUCGUGUGGACCAAGGAGCUUCACAAAAAGUUUGUCGACGCCGUGGAAUAUCUUGGACUCGAUAAAGCUGUUCCCAAGAAAAUUUUAGAGCUUAUGAAUGUUGAAAACCUCAGUCGAGAAAACGUAGCCAGCCAUCUUCAGAAAUACCGGAUCACUCUGAAGAAGGAUGAAGAAAAGAUUAAGAAAGAGGAAAUGAACAAAUCUUUAAUACCCCCGCAAGAGGUAACAGUCUAUGUUGGAGAAGUUCCAUCAAACUUCUACAGAGGAGGAAAUGGUCAUUUCCCAACACAUCAUAUCAACAAUAUUCCUCAACGUUCUUAUGUGCCGCAACACACCAUGAACCCUAACGAUAUCAACACACAGCUCAUACCAUCUCGGGGACAUCAUUUUGAUCAUGAUGUCGCUAAAAACCUAAUGAUUAAUCAACAAUAUCUUCAUCACCAUCAGACCUCGGACUUCAAGUCACAAGAGAAUUUUGGUAAUAACUUAACCGAGGAAGAUUUAGUGGAUGCAACAAGCUAUUGGUACGGGCCAGAGGCUGCUUCUUUCGAAACGAGGAACGUUCAUGAAGUUGUGCCAUCGGCCAUGUUUCCUUCACCUCCGCCGGCUUCUUCUUAUGAUUACUCACGUAGUUCCUUUCUUGAUCAGCGAGAAAAUGGAGGACUCAGCUACAAUAGUGGUUGGUCCGUACAAAAAAACAGACAACCCUAAUCUUACUUGGUAUGAUUAGAUUCUAUUCUUUUUUAAGAUGAAUCCAAGAUUGGGAUUGGCAAGAAGGGAUCAAGAUGGGGGGUCAAGAUCGGGGCCAAGCAUGAAGACGGGUUUAGUGUUCAAUUCAUAUUC